UUGUACUUGAUUGAUGAAUUUAGAACAAGUCAGUACUGCCCAGCUUGUGAACGUAAAAGUCUUGAAAUGUUUCGGAUGGCCGAUAAUCUGCGCCCUCAUAGACGAAGAACGAAUCCUCGUGGAAUCAGACAUGGCCUCUUAAGAUGUACAAAUCAAAAUUGUAGAUCCAUGACUAAUAACACAAAUAGGAUUGUUUUUCGGCUAUGGAACCGUGAUAUAGCUGUAUACUUGAACAUGGUUGAUAUUGUUCGAUCACUUCGUGCUGUAAAUGGCAUUCCCCCAAGAUUUCGACGUGUAUAG